CGGGCUGCGGAGCUUCUCGGCCGCCCGCCGCCCCACGUAGAAGGAAGCAUGCUGGCCGUCGGCUGCACCCUGCUGGUCGCCCUGCUGGCCGCGCCCACGGUCGCGCUGGUCCUUGGGAGCUGCCGCGCUCUGGAGGUGGCAAAUGGUACGGUGACGAGCCUGCCAGGGGCCACUGUUACCCUGAUCUGCCCCGGGAAGGAAGCAGCAGGCAAUGCUACCAUUCACUGGGUGUACUCAGGCUCACAGAGCAGAGAAUGGACUACCACGGGAAACACACUGGUUCUGAGGGCCGUGCAGGUCAACGACACUGGGGACUAUUUGUGCUUCCUGGAUGAUCAUCUGGUUGGGACUGUGCCCUUGCUGGUGGAUGUUCCCCCAGAGGAGCCCAAGCUCUCCUGCUUCCGGAAGAACCCCCUCGUAAAUGCUUUUUGUGAGUGGCAUCCAAGCAGCACGCCCUCUCCAACCACGAAGGCUGUGAUGUUUGCAAAGAAAAUCAACACCACCAACGGGAAGAGUGACUUCCAGGUGCCCUGCCAGUAUUCUCAGCAGCUGAAAAGCUUCUCCUGCGAGGUGGAGAUCCUGGAGGGUGACAAAGUGUACCACAUAGUGUCACUGUGCGUUGCAAACAGUGUCGGAAGCAGGUCCAGCCACAAUGUAGUGUUUCAGAGUUUAAAAAUGGUGCAGCCGGAUCCACCUGCCAACCUUGUGGUAUCAGCCAUACCUGGAAGGCCUCGUUGGCUCAAAGUCAGUUGGCAAGACCCUGAGUCCUGGGACCCAAGUUACUACUUGUUGCAAUUCGAGCUUCGAUACCGACCUGUAUGGUCAAAGACGUUCACGGUGUGGCCGCUCCAGGUGGCCCAGCAUCAAUGCAUCAUCCAUGAUGCCUUGCGAGGAGUAAAGCAUGUGGUGCAGGUCCGUGGGAAGGAGGAGUUUGACAUUGGCCAGUGGAGCAAGUGGUCCCCGGAGGUCACAGGCACUCCUUGGCUAGCAGAGCCCAGGACCACUCCGGCAGGGAUCCUGGGGAACCCCACACAGGUCUCUGUUGAAGACUAUGACAACCACGAGGAUCAGUACGGAAGUUCUACAGAAGCAACGAGUGUCCUCGCCCCGGUGCAAGGAUCCUCGCCCAUACCCCUGCCCACAUUCCUGGUAGCUGGAGGAAGCCUGGCGUUUGGGUUGCUUCUCUGUGUCUUCAUCAUCUUGAGACUCAAGAAGAAAUGGAAGUCACAGGCUGAGAAGGAAAGCAAGACGACUUCUCCCCCACCGUAUCCCUUGGGACCGCUGAAGCCGACCUUCCUCCUGGUUCCUCUCCUCACCCCAUCAGGGUCCCAUAACAGCUCUGGGACUGACAACACCGGAAGCCACAGCUGCCUGGGUGUCAGGGACCCACAGUGCCCUAAUGACAACAGCAACAGAGACUACUUAUUCCCCAGAUAAUUGUCUGGAGGGUACCUGGCAGCUGGCACGCAAGUUUCUCACUGCCGGCCCCCGCCACCAGGGCUGGGGGGCGGGGUGGGCGGGGCUGCAGCUUCACGAUCCCACAGGAGCCUUGCAAAGGUUCUGAGUGGGAGAAGACUGGUGUGCUGCAUGGGCUUCGAAAGAAGGGGCUGUGAGGAGCACGAGCCAUCAUGAAGAGAGCCUGCGAUGACUCUGAAUAGAGACGCUCGCCCGUCAGCUCCACACCUGAUGGUGGCUCACAAGCUAUCUGCUCAGGAAGCCUCUGGAAGGGGCGUCAAAGGCUGCCCCAGUUGCCUAGCUCUGGUUCACUGCCCCAAGCUGCCUUUUAGCUUGAACUCCUAGAAUCCAAGCACCUUGGCCAUUCUCUUUCCUAGGCCACCGAGGCCGCGAGGAAGCUUGGUUCUACUUUCCUUCUCAACACCUGGAGAAGCAGCUGCCCGGUGGUGGUGACUAACAUCUCAGGGCCUGAUGGCUUACGAGGAAUGACAAUUAAUUCCUCAUAAGCAGUUUUUAAAUGUGAAUAGUAAUCCUAGGCACUGCUGACUUGAGGUUUUAUCUUCUUCGAUCUCAGGACUUCAGGAGAGAAGCGGAGCGGAAGUAGAGAGAGGAUGGGUGUCCACUGUCCGUGUGGUACUUGAGGGGGAUACAGCCCGGAAAACACGUUUCCUGUCCCCCUACUCUCCCAGAAGAGGGACGGUGGUAGGGGGUGGCGCCUCUUCCAGGGCAGAGAGUAUAACUACUUUACCCUGGCCUUGCCCAUACUGGUUUCAACUGGACUUAAGCUACUAGGAAAGAUGACAUUCAUGCAAAAAGAAAACUUUAACUAGCAAGAAUGCACUUCCAUUUUGGUUUCUAGAAGACUGUUGCUUGUUCCUCUUGAGACGCUGGAAGAGGCCGCUCACUGUACCCUGGUGUAUGAGCCCUCACCCCCCCACCCCAGGGUAAGUGCAGUAAGUUUAGUCUAAACACCAAGUCAGGUGAAAAUCGAGGAAAAAACAACCCUGUUUCCUGUAACAGAAAAGCCUUUGGUUUCGUUUUGUAUUUUGAUUUUUUUCUUUUUGUCUUAAAAAGUGUAAAAAUAGUCUGUCCAUACUCUGCUUCAGGGAAUGACCUGUGAAUACUCCCCAGGCGUGGGCAGGAAGGGUGUCUGCUUCCUGCUACACCUCACUGCCACCUCGGCCUUCCUUGCUUUACAUUCAACUGAGUCGCCUCAGCUGCUUUCCCCUGGGGCAUUGAAAAAGCCAGUGAGGUUGGUGGUCACCAAGGAGACCACAGAGCCACAGGGUAAUGCUGUGAUUAAAGCGAGUUACGCAACCACAGCACCCCACAUUUGCUGUAUUACAGAACUAUGCUAGGAGCUCGCCUUUUCACAAAAUACCACCACCACGAGACGUGGCAGAGCUCGGAAGCUGUCACCUUGUGCCAUCUGCUUGCCAGCUCCAAGGGGCCACUGACUUAAGCAGUUAUUUUCUUUGUGGGCUUUGUUCAUUUCAGGGCCUGUUGCUGUCUUAGAAAAAAGCUCUGUCGGUUGACAAAAACAUCAGGCAGGUAGUCAUGUUUAUUUUUUUUUCCUUCUUUGCUAAGUCUUUGGGACUCAAGGGUAGUAAAAAAUGCUGUGAAAAGGGAAACAUUAGAAACAGCGAUCUUCGGGGAAUAGGUGACUGUGCCCACGCACUGUUCUUCAGUCCCUCACGUGGCUCUGCCCGCGUGCUGUUCCAAGCCAGGCAGAGCAGGCUGGCGGAAGAUUGAAAUCCAGAUAGCUCAUUAUCUCUGAAAGCUAAAUAGCUUUGAUCUCCAAGCUGUUAUUGCUUUCACUAUUGUUGUAACAGGAUAGCCUCCCCCCCAUGUCAAAAGGAUGCUUUUCCCUUUUGACUUUUUAUAAGCUAAGUCAAUGAAGUCUGUUUCAUCUGAGCUCCAGCUUUGUUCAGUUCGCACAGGUUAUGCCCUCAGCUGCUUCGGGCCUCAGAUCUGUGCUAGUUGAAUGGUUGUCCCAUCCUUGGGUCAUCCUUACCAGAGUUUCCACAGCCCACAGGUCUGCCUUGUCAACAGUACCACUUAACACCAGCAUUCAGUGCCCAGGCAGCCAGAUGUGGAGGGUUUACCCAGAGAUGAUUUAAACAUGACCUUAAACGUGUAUGGUAGAACGAGGGGAAGCCAUACCAACUCAGGUUCUAAAGAGGUCUUUGGUCCUUCUGGCAUUAGUGAAAUAGCUUUAAACUAUUUCAAGGAAGAAGCCUUGGCCACACCCACGACAUUUGGUGACAGUCCUUUCUCUCCAUGAGCCUUGUCUUUACACCUUCUCACCUGGCUGAAAGCUCACACUGUAUCUUUCCUAUGUCCCUGGUGUCUUGGGAGAAAGGAAACUGGUAUGGGCUUCACUGCUGGAAUUGGCUUGCAGCCAGCGUGGAGCAGCGCCCGGCAGGGUGGGCCAGGGUUAGUUAUGGUGUGCUGGUUUAAGGAAUGCCUGGCUUGCCUGGUUGCUUGGGUUCUGAGCUGCAGAGUUUCCUAGCAGUUCUUUAUGGCUGACCUAGUUGGGGAAGAUUCCCACACUCAACUGCAGGUGGAGGUGGUGAGAAAGCUGUUUUCAUUUGGAGAGGCAGGAUCAGCCCAAGAAGCUUUCAGUGGGAGAGCCUAGAGUGAGGCUGUACCUCACUGUGGGAGGAGGCAGGCCAGCUGGCUCAGGUCCUGGGACUGGCACUGGGGAGGGUCUGCCAAAGGUCCCUCCAGCCUGUAGUCCUAGUAUGGUCGGGUGCCAGUUCCAGGAAGUUUCUAUGGCAACCUUAGUGCUCAUUAAGGAACAUUGUCAGUUUUGUGAACAUAUGCUCAGAUGGAGAUCUUGUUUUCAGAGAAAGGACUGGUACAGUGUGUAGCAAGCUGGAGCAGACAGAGAGACUUUUUGGCAAGAGAUCACAUCCGUUAAGCAGAAUACCUCAGUGCUACAUGUUUUUGUCUUUGAGACAAUGUUUUUAAGGUUUUUAUGCUCUGUUACCUGUAAGCUGAUACCUAAAACUUUCUGCAAAGUCAGGGUUUUUCAAUGCCUUUUUUUUUUUGCCAUUGUUUGCUUUAAAGUGAAGAUUGUAACUGUUUGAAAUAAAUAAUUUCUAAAACUGCA